AUGGCUAAAGAUUAUAUUAAUAUUGAUUCUAGUUUAGAAACAACAGGAAUUCCUAAUGAUAAUGAAAUUAUUUCAAGUAUUCUUGAAGUACCUGAAGUUGAAGAAGAAAUCAAUGAUGCAAUUUCACCAGUUUCACAUUAA